AAUAGCUUAAUAACCAUAUUAUAACGAUGUUUCCAAAUUCAAAGUUUGUACUUCUCAGUACCAUCCAUGAACAGGUGAAAUCAAACUGAGCUGCGAAAUUUUAAUUCCGCAUUUUAAUAUGUUUUGUAGAGAUAUAAAUAUAGAUACUAUUUUCCACUGUUUUAAUAUUAUCAUAAACAAGUAGGAGUGUUACAUUUCUGUUAAAAUUACAUUUUAUACAUACUUUUAAUACGUACAUUUAACUGCCGUAUGAUAUCUAAAUAGUAUGAAAUAACUAUAUUUUUGCUACAAGACCUUUGUUUAAAUAACAUCCGAAAUACCUGCAUGAAAAAUAUGAAUAAAUGAUGAAUUAACUUUUUAAACCCAACUUAGAAUUAAAACAUAAACCCCAGAUAAAAAGCUUCCAAUGAACGAGGAUCUGAAAUUGACUUUUCUAUCUUUAUCGCUUUCUGGGUCAUCGCAAUAGAUAAAGCAAAGAAAAAAUGAACAAAUCGUCGAGCAUGCUCUAAUACCUACACUCCAGUUACCGCACUUUACAUGCACUGGUAUGCAAUUUAACUUUGCUGCGUUUUCAAUACAUUCGUCACGAAAUGUUGUUGUCAGUGUCGUUCGGUACAACAUGUUUUGGUGUCAUAGUUACUAGUCUCGUUGUGUAUUGGUUGAUUCAGAAAUGGAAGUACAAAUAUCCGCCUGGUCCACCAGCCUUGCCUCUCAUUGGAAACUUGUUACAGGUUAAAUUUAGAAAAAUGCACGAACAAGCAUUUGAGUGGUCCAAGAAGUAUGGACCAGUUAUCACGAUUAGAUUAGGUCCAGUGCCGUUUGUAUUUGUCAAUACCAUAGAUACAGCUUUAGAAGUUUUAGUUAAGAAGUCUACAGACUUUGCUUCAAGAAAGAUGAUUCCCUCUGCUGAAUUGUUCACGAAUGGUGGAAAAGAUAUUGCGUUCAGUGAUUAUGGACCAACAUGGAAACUUCACAGAACAAUUGCUUCAAAGGCAUUGCGGUAAAUUAUCAAACAUUGUCUUCACAAUUCAAACAGAAUAAGGGUUCAUAUA